CGCCACAACUUGGGGGACAAGUUCAAUGGUCGAAUUCCACGUCGUCAUAUCCACGUGUGCAUCCUCAAAUGCUAAGGAGUUGGAAACGUACCCACUGGAUUCAUCUCACUCUCUCUCACACUCACGUAUAAAAUGCCUUCGCCACCUUCGGCCUUCGUCUCUUGCCCCGCCUCUCUCAAACUCAACUCCAACUCCAACUCCAACUCCAUAUAAAAUUAAAAACCAAAAAAAAAGAAAAAAGAAAAAGAGAACUCCUUACAGCAUUAGGAGACGGAAACCCUAUUUUUUCCUUCCGUAAUAUAUUCGAUCAGAAGCCAAAUUAUUCCCAACAACUACUAUCUGUUUUGUUUUGUGUUUCUCCACUGAAAGACUUUCUUUUUUUGUUUCGGAAUUUUUUCUGCUAUACCAAUGGCGGCGGAUAUUUCGACUCCGUCUACGUCAACCUCUCAGCCGCCUCCGUCCCCUGAGGCUGCUAACGGGGUGCCCGCCAACGUGGCGCUGUACGUGGGGGAUCUGGACCCGAGCGUGGACGAGGGGCAACUUUUCGAUUUGUUCGGCCAGGUGGCUACUGUCGUGUCCAUUAGGGUUUUCAGGGAUCAUACUCGGGCGUCCUCUCUCGGCUACGCUUAUGUCAAUUACGCCCACCCUCAUGAGGCUGCUCGUGCUCUGGAAGAUUUGAAUUAUACUCUUAUCAACGGGAAACCUAUCAGGAUUAUGUAUUCUCAUCGAGAUUCUACUAUUCGAAGAAGUGGAUAUGCUAAUGUUUUCAUUAAGAACCUGGACACAUCAAUAGAUAACAAGGCAUUGCACGACACCUUUGCUGCCUUUGGGACUGUCCUUUCUUCCAAGGUGGUUGUUGACAACAAUGGUCAGUCAAAAGGUCAUGGAUACGUACAAUUUGAAAAUGAGGAAUCUGCACAAAAUGCAAUUAAACAAUUGAAUGGCAUGCUGAUAAAUGAUAAAAAAGUCUAUGUUGGACUUUUUGUUCGCCGGGAAGAAAGGACUCAAGCAACUGGAUUGUCAAAGUUUACUAACGUUUAUGUGAAAAAUUUGCCUGAAACCGCUACUGAUGAAGACCUCAAGAAACUUUUUAGCUCCUAUGGUACGAUCACCAGUGCAGUUGUUAUGACAGACGCAGAUGGGAAGUCCAAAUGUUUUGGUUUUGUGAACUUCCAGAGCCCAGAUGAUGCUGCUGUUGCAGUUGAGAAGUUGAAUGGGGCCACUGCUUUUGAUGACAAGGUUUUAUUUGUGGGGAGGGCUCAAAGUAGAGGGGAAAGGGAGGCAGAGUUGAAGGCAAAAUUUGAACAGGAAAGAAUCAGUAGAUACGAAAAAUCUCAAGGUGCUAAUUUAUAUCUGAAAAAUCUUGAUGACUAUGUAAAUGAUGACAAGCUGAAGGAAUUAUUCUCCGAGUUUGGAACAAUAACAUCAUGCAAGGUCAUGGUUGAUUCCCAAGGUCACAGCAAGGGAUAUGGCUUUGUGGCAUUUUCCACUCCACAGGAAGCUGCUAAAGCUCUGGAAGAAAUGAAUGGAAGGAUGAUUGGUCGGAAACCUCUGUAUGUUGCUGUGGCCCAGCGUAAAGAAGACAGAAAAGCCCAGCUUCAGGCACAUUUUUCUCAAAUCCGAGCACAUAGUGGGAUGGCACAGAUGCCUGUAGGAAUUGCAGGAUUUCAUCCUGGGGGGCCUAGAUUUUCCCCACAACAUUUGUAUUUUGGUCAAGGCAAUCCUGGUCUGCUACCCCCUCAGCCUUUUGGCUUCCAGCAGCAACUCUUUCAUGGAAUGCGGCCGGGUAUUGCACCAAACUUUAUGAUGCCAUACCACCUUCAACGGCAAGGCCAGCCAGGGCAGCAAAUGGGUGUGCGUCGAGUUGGAAACCUUCAACAGGUGCAGCAGCAGCAGUUAAUGCAUCGUAACCCUCACCAAGGCUUUCGAUAUGUGGGAAGUUCUCGAACUGGCGUGGAUGCAUCCGUGGUUCCUCAAGGCAUUAUAGGGCCUGUGAUGUCAUUGCCUUUUGAUGGUUCGGGGAGGCCUGCAACUCCUAUCGACAUCCAGCGACCUGGGCAUGUGCAUACUUCAGCACUUCUAUCAGCUUUGGCUUCUGCUAGUCCAGAGAAUCAGCGAGCGAUGCUGGGUGAACAACUAUAUCCCCAUGUUGAGCAGCUUGAGCCCAACAAUGCUGCAAAGGUGACAGGGAUGUUGCUGGAGAUGGACAAGUCUGAGGUAAUCCAUCUCCUUGAGUCUCCAGAUGCCCUAAAGCAGAAGGUGGCCGAGGCAAUGGAAGUCCUCCAUAAAGCUGCCUCGGCGUCUGGUGUUGGUGAUCAGCUUGGUUCCUUGGCACUGAAUGACUGAAGCAAAAGGCUCUUUUUUUCUUUUUUGAGUAAAUAAAUCUAUGUUUGGGAGCCCAUGUUUUACAGGGAGGGCUCAUGAGGUGUCAAUUGUUUGAGGUUUUCUUUGAGAUUAUUGUUUUUUUUUUUUUUUUUUUUUUUUUGUGGGAGGUCCUGUUACUUAUAACACUCCAAAUGUAACACUCGGGUAACACCAUUGACGUUAAAAAAAAUACUGAUAAACUUGUCACGUUAACUAUAAAAAUGAAAAAAAAAAAGAAAAAAAAAGAGAAAAAGAUUGACAAUCACGCCAAUGGUUUUACACGAGUGUUACAAAUAAUUCCUCUCUUUUUUUUUUUUUUUUGCGAGGUUACAUGUUGCAACUUGCAAACAUUUUUUUAGGUCCAGAACUUUUUGGGAUUUGACAGUAUUUUCUUGUUUCUUUAGACUAUUAUCAUCAUCAUCUCUCUCUCUCUCCUUCCUGCCUUGUCUGCAAUUCAGGGUAAAUAUAAGGUAACAACCAUUCACAAA